AGUGAGAGUAUGAUACGUGUACAACAAGUGUUGCUUUAUUUAUAAUUUUAAAAACUUUGUUCUAUGGAAUAGCUAAUAUUGUCUUUAUAUUUUGUCUACCAGAAAAUUAAACUUAAAUGAUGUCGGCCGACAGAGGAACUCUUAAUAGGAAUCCUGAUAUGAAAAAAUUGGUGAAGUUCCUUUCAGAAUAUUUUUUCGUCGGGGCUAGGACACCGUCUAAGAGCAUGGAACGUUAUGAAAAAAUAGGAAAGUUGGGAGAAGGGAGUUACGGUAUUGUUUAUAAAUGUAGGAAUCGAGAUACUGGAGAAAUUGUGGCUAUAAAGAAAUUUGCUGAAAGCGAAGAAGACCCUCUGAUAAGGAAGAUAGCACUUAGAGAAAUUAGACUUUUAAAGAAUCUUAAACAUCCCAACCUCGUGAACCUCAUUGAAGUAUUCAGACGAAAACGACGCCUUCAUUUAGUUUUUGAGUUUUGCGACAAAACGGUUUUGAACGAAUUAGAGAGAUAUCCACGUGGUUGUCCAGAUCUGCUGACCCAGCAAAUUGUAUGGCAAACUCUUCAAGCAGUAGCGUACUGCCACCAGCACGGAUGCAUUCAUAGGGAUAUCAAACCUGAAAAUAUACUUUUGACAGCUACUGGGGUUGUCAAAUUAUGUGAUUUUGGAUUUGCAAGGAUGUUAAAUCCCGGAGAAAAUUAUACGGAUUAUGUUGCAACACGAUGGUAUAGAGCACCGGAGCUACUAGUAGGUGAUACACAAUAUGGAACUCCGGUUGACGUGUGGGCAAUAGGCUGCGUUUUAGCCGAACUCAUAAGGGGUGAAGCACUGUGGCCCGGAAAAUCAGACGUAGAUCAACUCUUCCUCAUAAGAUCAACAGUCGGUGACCUCUUACAAAGACAUAUGCAGGCUUUCAAAAAUAACGAUUUUUUUAGCGGUACUAUUCUUCCAGUACCUGGACAAAUAACACCUUUAGAAGUUAGAUUACCUAUGGUAAAUCCCACUACCUUAGACUUUUUAAAAAAAUGCUUAGAUAAAGAUCCAGUGAAACGGUGGACCUGUGAAAAGCUUCUUACACAUGCGUAUUUUGACAACUUACACUACAAAAUUGAAGAAAACGAUAUCCAAACUAACGAUAAAGUAAGGGAUAAGUCUAGAAACUCUCUUCUGGGGACCACGUUACCGCAAUUGGCAGGAUCAACUCCAAUUAGCCCUUCUAAACCAAAUAAUCCACAAAAAUCCAAAGUAGAUCAUUUGCCGACCAUUUGACAGCGGUUUUCAUUAUUUAAAUGACUCAAACCAAAUAUUUUUUCUACCGACAAAUAUGAUAUGGGCACGUUUUGUCAUCCUCACUGAUAUCUACUUAAAUAAGUCAAUCGCCUAGUUCUUUAAAAAAUAAUUAAUAGACCAGUAAAUAACCGUUUUGGACAGUAAUUUCCCUCGUCACGACAGAUUUGCUUGAAAAUUUGGAUUUAGGCUGCUCUUAGCCCCCUUGCUUUUGGACUUUUACUUGGGCCCAGAGUUGCUUUUACUUGAGGGGUGAAAAAACAUACGUUCAAAAUAAGGUCGGAAAUGGAUAAAUUAUAAAUUGGCUAAUAGUCCAAGUAAUGAAGCUUAAAAUAGGACAAAACCUCGCAAUUUUUACUGAAUGGAUCGAUUUGCUUGAAAAUAAGUAGUGGAUAGUCCAAGUAUCAAAAUCUAUAUGAUGCCGAAAGGCGCUUUUACCAUGGAGGUGGUUGCCACCCCAUCCCGGGGGUGAAAAUUUUUUAUUAUAUUUUGACCGCAAAGGUUGGUAAAAACGUUCAUUAUAAGGGAAAAACGUUCUAUAAAUUUUUUUGAUAAAAUUAACAGUUUUCGAUUUAUUGGCUAUCGAAAGAGUUAGUUUUAUAUCGAAAAAAAAACAAUGUUUUUAAUCAGUUUUCUGCUAGUAACUCCAAAAGUUUUUGUUUUAUCAAAACAACUUUACUUAACAAAAAUGUAGCUUUUGAAAAAAUAAACAAAACCGUUUUUAUUAAUUUUCUGUAAGACCAAUAGUAAUCGAGCUAUACUUUAUUAUAUGCUAGCUCUUCUUUGUCAAAUGCUAAAUAUUGUAGUUUCAAAGUCAAAAGACGGGGAAACUAUGCAUUUUUCGAGGAUAACUUGUUCAAACUAAUUUAAAGCAUUUAAAAAUAUCUAUCUCCAGAAAUAAAAAAAAGUCUCUAGCUCAAAAACUAAGUGACAUAAUGAAUAGAAUGUCAGUCCCUAUUUUUUUCAGCGAAAAAGUUAUCGGAAGCAACCCCUAAUCAUCACCCUAAUUAAAAUUAGUCAUUGACCUUAUUUGGUCUUCUUUACUUAUGUAUUAUUAAUAGGUUUGGGAAAAAAUGGCCUCUUCUUCAGAAUAGAAAGAUUAACAUCAGAGAUAUUAAAAAAUGUUUAAAUAUGAAAUUGUAGCAUAUUUUAAUUCUCAUGAAACUGGUUUGCAUAAAUUUUUUCUACAACAAAAAUUGAGUGAGCUAUUGACAAUUAAAACUUGUAAUAACAUGAAAAAACCACCUUUACCAACCCUUUCAAAGUCACCUCUUUUUGAGACUGAGGAUUUUAAAAAGAUUUAAUAUUAAAUUGGCUUAUAGAUCUUGUAAAAACCUACAAAAUUCUUUUUUUGCCAAACUUUCUAAGAUGAAAAAUAAAAAGUUGCGGUUUAAAAAUCAACAUCUUUUUUUUGAAAAAAAAAAAGGAGACAUCCAACUGGAAUCAGAAUAAUGCAUGUAGGCGGUGUUUUUAGUCAUUGGCCUUAUUAAUUCUUCUUUAUUUAUGUAUUAUUAAUAGAUUCUAGAAGUUUCACUGGCUUAGAAUGAUUACUUUUUAAAAAAUGGAGUUAAAAGCGAGUAACGAAUUUUUUGAGUUUGGUAAAAAAUACCAUUUUCUUCAGAAUAGAAAGAUUAGCAUAAGAGAUACGAAAAAAUGUUUAAAUACGAAAUUGUAGGUUAUUUAAUUCCCAAGAACUUGGUUUGAAAAAAAAUUUCUACUGCAAAAAUUGAGCGAAUCGUAGGCGAGUAUAUCGAAAAACAUUGAUUUUUUCGAUAUAAUAUGUAAAACUAACACUUUCGAUAGCGAAUAAAUCGAAGACUAUUAAUUUUAUCAAAAAAAUUUAUAGAACAUUUUUUGCUAGAAUGAAUAUUUUUAUCAACUUUUGUAGUCAAAAUAUAAUAAAAAAUUUCCACCCCCGGGAUGGGGUGGCAACCACCCCCAUGGUAAAAGCACCUUUCGACAUCAUAUAGAUUUUGAUCCUUGGACUAUCGACUACUUACUCUCAAAUUUUCAAGCAAAUCGAUCCAGUCUGUAAAAAUUGCGAGGUGAAAAGCUUCGGUU